AUAAUAUUUAAAUGAUUUAAUAAUAAAACAAAAAUAGAAAAAGCAGAGUAAUAAGGAAAGGACUAACAAAGUAGUACGUACUGUGAACCACCUCCCACACACACACUCUCUCUUCUGUUACGCAGCCGUCUCUGAAACCAUUUUCGUCGUCUUCUCCACUUUUCUUUUGCAGAAACCGAGAGAGAGAUACUCCAAUCGCUAAUCUCUAUUCCCGAUCAAGAAGAAGAUAGAGACGAAAAUGGAGGAUGUGGUGUGUGAAUGUUACCACGGAGAUUCGGAGGAGAAGAAAAAGAAACAGAACAGUACGCCGACGACUGUCACCGUCGUUCUUAAGGUUGAUUUUCACUGUGACGGUUGUAUCGCUAGAAUCGUUCGAUUAUCUCGUCGUUUGGAAGGAGUUGAAACAGUGAGAGCAGAUCCUGUUUCGAACAAGCUGACUCUGAUUGGGUUUAUCAUGGAUCCUGUGAAGGUUGCUGAGAAACUUCAGAAGAAGAGCAAGAAGAAAGUGGAGCUCAUAUCUCCUAAACCAAACAAAGAUACCAAAGAGAAGAAUGAGAAAAAAGCUAAUGAUAAGACUCAGACUGUGGUUGCUGUGACCACUGUGGUACUGAAACUGAAUUGCUCUUGUGAUGGUUGCAUCAAGAGGAUUUGCAAGACUGUCUCUAAAACCAAAGGUGUGUAUCAAGUCAAAAUGGACAAAGAGAAGGAAACGGUAACAGUAAUGGGAACGAUGGAUGUUAAAUCUGUGACUGAGAAUCUGAAACGUAAGCUGAAGAAAACAGUCCAGGUCGUGCCUGAGAAGAAGAAGAAGAAAGAUAAAGACAAUGCAGAGGGAAUCACCAAAGUCGGGUCUCCGGGUCAACCUGAUUAUGGAUGCAAUCAUGGGCUUGGGCCUUACAGGUUCAUGGAAGGCCCAAUGAUUGGGUUUUUCAGUGAGGAGGAUCAGAGCUUUUGCAGCGUUAUGUGAGUAUCGAGGUGACAAAAACAUAUAUACUAGGAGGUAAAUAAACUAAAUAGGGAACAAAAAAGAAAAAGAAGAAGUAAAGUCUGACGGAUAUUUUGUGUGAUGGUCUGUGUCACAUGAGAGUAAUACACUAGUAUUUUCUAUUUUGAGAAAUAUUGCAGUGACAGUACGCUUUUGUGGAGAGGAUCCACUUUUUUCGACAUAGUAAAUGUCGACUUAGUUUUUCACUUUUGGUAAAAAAAAAAAUUAACCCUUCAAUGGAGCUCUUAAAUCUAUAUCCAAGCAAUUACUAUUGUUUAUCUAUAAUGGAUUUACCGCUAUUGUCUAGUUUUUGUCACGCCUUAUUUAGUUUUUAUUCUUACUACAUUGACUAGGGGUUGGUCCAACGAUAUACUAUGUGCAUUUUUAUUUACAAAGUCUAGACUAUGGAAAAUAUUGUAUGUCAUCUUUUCAAGCUUUCAUUUGUCCAAGAAGAAGUUAAUGGUUAUAACUUUGUGUUGACGCAUUUAAGUUCAUACGGAGCAAAAUCAUUCUCACAAUAAGAUUUGAGAUUCUACAUUUAAAGAACAUAUAUGGUCCUAUGACUCGUUUACUUUAUUGCACUCAAAUGCA